UGUAUUAUUAUGUACUUCUCACCAAAUUGUUAGAAACUAUCACCUAUACCGAGCAAUCAGUAUGCCAAAUCCCCUGUGGAUCUCAUUAGUCGGUUAUUGUUCUUAUCCUAAUGAGUCAUGUUCAGAAGUACUGUCAGCUGUGAUGAUUGAAACCGCCUAACUUAGGUUGAUUAAUACCAUGGUUCCUGAAAUCCUACCGAUUUCUCCUAGAAUUUUUCACGGGCAUCCUACAGAACUUAUUUGCAAAAUGUCUUCUAGAGGUUUUCUCGGUAUUGUACAUUCUCAGAGUUCCUCGUGGGAUUUUCCCAUACUUCCUUCUGCGUUUUACUUACUUACUUUUUGUCCUGAGCACGCAUGGUGGUGCAGAGGGCCGAAUUGAAAGAUCUCCAUCCUGGGCGAUUGCCAGCCAUCGCCUGGACCUGUGGCCUGGUCAAUCUGUAGACUUCCAUUAUUUACUUGUUCUGCGUUUUGCCCAUAGCAAUUUUCGUGGGAUUCCACGAAAGUUACGCUCAGAAUAUAUCUCAGAUGUUAUCGCGGAAUUGCUCAUAGAAUUUCAAGAGGGAUUCCUAUUGGAGUUUUUUUUCCUCGAUUUCUUUAUCCAAGAUCCAGGAGAUCAUCUCUAUCAGAGUUUCUACAGGAGUUAUUCUUGGGAUUUCUACUAGAGUUUCUUCAAGAAGUAUUUCAAAAGUUGUCUACAUGGGUUCCUCCCGAGAUUUCGCCCGAAGUUUCUCUUGUAAUUUAUCAAGAAAAUUUUCGUCAGCUUUCCUCUAGUGUUUCUUCCCGAAUUUCUACAUAAGUUUUGGGAUAUCUUUUUUCCAAAUUUUUUGUGAUAUAGCUUUUGAAGUUUCAUUUUAGAUUUCUCUCGGAGUUUCUUCCGGGACUUCUCUCAGACAGUUUCUUCCGGUAUUGGUUCUAGGAAGUCCCUCUGAGUUUUUUUUUACUGAAUUUAUCAUUUCUCCUACGAUUUAUUCCGGAAUGCCUUCUGGGAAUUCUGCAGGAGCUAUUGCUGAUAUUUCGCAUGGAGUUCUUUCCGUGAUUUCUUUCAGAGCUUCUGGCAGGCCUUUGUUCAUAGUAGUUAACAGGAUUUCAUGCAGUGAUACUCUUGAGAUUAUUCUCUACAGAUUUUCUCGGGAUUAUUCUCAGAGCUCUUCCCGGAAUCCCUACCGCACAUUUUCCCGAGAUUCUGGGUGCUACUUUUAGGAUUGCUUUCUCCUGGCGUUUUUCCAGGGAUUUUUCAAGAUUUUUUUUUCUUGGAAUCUCUUUAGGGAUAACCUAGAAAAUUUUUUGUAACGAACUCCCGGAACAAUAUCUGAUCCAAGAGAAAUCUUUCGAGAAACUUAGCAAAUACCGUGGGGUGCCCUAAUUUCGCGCGGGUCCAAAUUUCGCUCACUGAUAAUAUUUAGCUUUUCUCUUCUAUAAUACUUCCUACGCUACUUCAAAGGUUUUUUUUUUCUAGAAUUUUUCCUUUUUUGUCAAAUUUGUUGCUAGUUGUUUGUUAGUUUUCGUCAGAGAAGUGCUUGGUCUAUGUUAUUGUUGUAAGGUAUCCCAAAUCUCAAUGUUCAACUCCUAAAAACUCAUUGUAUUUGUUAAGUUAGAAAUAAAUAUUGAAUUGAAAAAAUAAUCAUGAAACUAAUUGUGCAAUUGUCCAAAUUUCACUUUAGCUUCACUAUCUGAAGUGAAAUUUGGACAAUUCAAUAACUAGUUCUACGAUUAUGAUCUCUAAAUAUUAUCAGUGAGCGAAAUUUUGACACGCGUGAAAUUAGGGCACCCCACGGUACCUUUUGGAGGAUUCUCGGAAGGAACUUCGGAAGAAAUCCUUAGAAAAUUUGUGACAUUCCGGCUACCUCAGCAGCCAGAGCGCAAGGAUUUAACCGUGUAGCUGUAGGCAGGUUCUUCGAUUUGUAUGAAGGAAUCAUCCGUUCAAAGAACAUCCCGGAUCACAGAAUUUAUAACGUGGACGAAACUUCCAUCGUUCCGGUAAAUUUUCGAGUUUGAUUGUCCGUAAGGAAAGCAUUAGUGAACUUUCAUAUUUAUAGGUCCAGUCUAAGCGAUCCAAAGUGCUAGCAUUGCGGGGAAGGCGGCAAGUCGGCUGUUUGACUUCAGCAGAGAGAGGAGUGUUAAGUACUGCUUGCAUGUGCAUGUCCGCUACCGGACACUUCGUCCCCCCCUUUGUGAUUUUUCCACGAGUUCGGAUGACGGACAGGCUAAAGCAAGGUGCUCCUCCAGGAACAGCAUUCUGGUGCAAUCCCAGUGGUUGGAUGACCGCAGAUGGUUUCAACAAGUGGUUUGAACAUUUCAUCCGGCACACAAAACCGUCGGCAGAGGACCCUGUUCUGCUGAUACUCGACGGUCACAGCAGCCAUACAAAGAACCUUGAAUUCGUUGAUCGAGCGAAGGAAUCUAAUGUUCAUGUGCUGAGAUUGCCACCUCACUGCAGCCAUAAAUUACAGCCCCUGGAUGUGAGCUUCAUGGGACCGUUUAAAACGUAUUUUUCCCAAUCCAUUGAAAGGUACCUCAAAGAUAAGCCAGGAGAAGUGGUAACGUUGAAUGAGAUGAGUUCCCUAUUAGCCACGGCGUACCACCGUACUGCAAGGGCAGAAGUAGCGAUCAACGGAUUCCGCAAGACCGGAAUCGUUCCAUUCAAUCGGUUUACAUUCGCCGAUAAGGAUUUUGCUCCAGCUAAUGUUACGGACAUUGAGCUCCAGGAUACAACGGUUAAUAGUGCUACAGAUCCAGAAGAUGUAGUGCCUCUCAUCGAGCCUGGUGCCAUGGCAUCUAUCACGGCCACCUCCACCACAACGCGGUCGCCACCACUGAUGACAACACUAUCUGAGACUGCUACGUUUCCUAGUUUUCCCGAUAGUGAUGACGAAGGUCCGUUUUAUGGAUUUGGUUCCAACACAUCUGCCACAGAUUCUUCCACAAAGACACAGACACCACCACAGAUUGCAUCCCAAUCUGAAACUGAAGAUUUGCAGUCAUCGCUAGGAACGAAAUUGUCAUUGGCCACGGACAAGGAAGGUUGUUUUACUGUGUCUCCCUUUUCGCUUCGCCCGUUACCGAAAUCGACCCACAGGAAAGCUAUGUCGAAGAGAAAAACGGAAAAGGCUUCCAUUCUCACAGCGAGCCCGAACCGGCAAGUCCUCAAGACAUUACAUGCCAACAAGGAAAUCAAGCAAAUCCAGAAAAUUGAACGAAGUUCUAAGACCCAAUCCGACAAGGGACGAAAGCAUAAAAAACGGAAUAUUGAGAAUGUUCCGCAAGACACUCUAUGUUGCUUAUGCGGGGAUCAGUUCAGCUCAUCCUCAGAUGGUGAAGGCUGGAACCAAUGCCAUUCUUGGAUUCAUGGGUGCGAUGGAAACAUGUGCCCAUGUUGAAUCAAAUGUUGCGUUAAUAAGUGAAAUGUGAUGAAAUCUGCUUUUAUAUAUAUUUUUUAUUUUGUUGUUAUUCAAUCGAAAACAUGCGAAUUUGUAUGAAAUAUACUGAACUUUUGUAAAAUAUUCUUAUUUUUCUAUUCCUUAUUCCCUUUACGAAACAUUGUUCACUAAAAAAAAAGUUUUCAAUGGUGGCUCAUAUUGCCCCGCAUGGUGGCUCAUAUUGCCCCGUAUAGCUAACGUAUAGGGAAACACAUAAAAACCAAUGGUUUUCAAAAGUAUUUCCUAUCAAUUUUCCAAGAUUUUUUCUCAUAAUUUAUCGACGCAAUAUGAAGGAAAACCCUCCUAAGCAUGAUUCAAUUACAUUUGAAUAAUGUUUUAUUGAGUUUUUCUGUGCAUUUCAUAACGAUUUCCUUAGGUGGCCCAUAUUGCCCCGAUCACCCCUAAUACGCCGAAGUAGUUCAUUUUUGUUCAGGUAAUUUAAAUUCAGGCUGUGUUGGAUAAAGCUUCGUUUUUGUCGGCAUGUACAGCUGUGCCUAGAACAACUGUUUUCCACUUCUGUCGUUUUUCGACCAAUUUGUUUCACCCUAUGUCAACUAUAGUGAACAUUUAACCGAAAAUAUACUGAAAUCGAAGAAUUUGGUUGGUUUGUGAUUUAGGUUAUACUUUUCCCUUGCCGCUUCUUUAAAAAAGGUGAGUGUCCAUUUUGCCCCGGCAGCAGAAGAUAUUUUCAAACUUGAUUUUUGAUAUAAUAAAGAAGAAAAUAUAAACAUGUUAAGCAUGUAGAUACAGCAAAACUACUUGCAUGUGAUCUAGAAACAUCAGGUUUUAAUCGACCUGCAAUAAAUUAAUCACUAAAUCUUAUUUUAGAUGGUGUGAAAAUUAUAAUUUCCAUGCACAAAAAACGGAGGACGCAACUUUUUCGUGUAAAAUCAAGUACAAUUUUAAUUUCGAAUGUUUAUUUCCUGAAACUACGUUUUAGACAAAUGGACUAUAUUCUCCAUUCAUUAAAAGUUCAAAAAAGUUCGCAUAUUUCAAAAUAUUGAGGGUGUCCAUUCUGCCCUGAGUGUCCAUAAUGCCCCGCCUACCCCUAGUUUAUGCUUAUUCUUUAAAACUUCCAAAGUUAUGUAACCAGUCAUUUUCACUCGACUCGAUAACCACGUCGUAUGCAUCGCCCUGUUUGGUGAAAUCCACUUUAUUUUCACGUUAACUGUUUUAUUGCGUUUGUGUACUUCCGACUUAGAAAUUUCCGCGAAACGAAUGUUACGUGAUUUUCUGGUGUGCAAAAACAAUAUUUUUUUUUGGAAAAAUUGACAAAUUGAGAGGAAAAAAACACCCAAAUAUUAUUAUUAUUAUUAUUAAUAUUUAUUAAAGACACUUUACCACUUAUGUGGCAUUCGUGUCUGGCAAACGUAAUAACUCCUAACUUACACCUAUUGAUUUACAUUGAAUUGUAAGGGAUUAAAUUUCAUUAUAAAUGUCACAGUCUUUAAUGAA